AUCGCAUUUACCAAUUGUUGCCGCCCACAAAGUCCUCGACAGCGUCUUCGCUUUUUCUUUCCUGUUUGCUUCGUACGCUCUCUUGUAUUUAGCAUUUCCCAGUGUCUGUAAUCGCCAUCGCGCACAUCGCUCGUCGAAGAUCCGUCCUGUGGUUAGGUGUGACGUUGCCUGCGGUCGCUCGCUCCAACCCAGGUCUUUUUUUUUCGCGAUUUGCGACUCCUCUCGCUGCUGCGUAGAAGGCUGCACAUCAGAGAAACAGGUGCUCAGCAUGGCAUACGCCUACCCGGGCGGCGCCCAAGGCAGCCAACCCUACGGCCAGCAGGGCUUCUACAACUCCAAUUUCAGUGGCCCAGUCUCGGGCUCCACGACUCCCUUCCAAGCGUAUGGCGGCUCGCAUUCGCAGCCCUCGGGAUUCGCGGGCUUCGCAAACCAGCAUGACUUGAGUGGCACCAUGGGCACGGCGGCCAACGGCCUGUCUACCGGCUGGCUUGCUGCGUUCGGCACAGAGGGCUACCCCGGUGAGCCUCCGCUCUUGGAAGAGCUGGGUGUGGACUUCUCCCACGUCAAGAUGAAGACGCUUGCGGUUCUGAAUCCUUUGGCAAGAAUUGACAGCCACCUGAUGGACGAUUCCGAUCUUGCAGGACCCCUGCUCUUCUUCCUCCUCUUUGGAUUUUUCCUCCUCGGUUCGGGCAAAAUUCACUUUGGUUACAUAUACGGUCUCGCCCUCGUCGGCUCUAUUGCUCUGAACGCCAUUUUCUCUCUAAUGGCCCCUCCUCUUUCUCCAGACGAUUCCUCUUCCUCAGCCACCGCCGACCACCCGCAAACAGGCUCACGCCAUUUCUCGUCUACUCUUACUCUCGCUCGAAGCGCAAGUAUAUUAGGCUACUGUUUAUUGCCCCUUGUUGUAGUCAGCUUGUGCGGCAUAGUCUUGCCGCUGGACAGUGCGUUUGGUUACGUGCUUACAUUGGCGGCGAUUUCUUACAGCUCGUAUGCAGCAUCAAGCAUGUUCUGCGCGGUCGGACGCAUGUCUGAAGUCAAGCUGCUUGUGGCAUAUCCUCUCGUACUGUUCUACAGUGGUUUUGGUAUCAUGGCUAUUUUCAGCUCGAGGGGUAGCGGAGCACUGAUGGCAAAGACCACGGGCGGCUGAAAGGCUUUCGAGCUCUAGGGAUUUCGAUGAAAAGCUCUUGGAAGAGCCAAUCGCCAUGGUAGAAAAGAAGACCUAUUUGUGACAGUCCAGCGACAAGGGGGCGCGCGAACAGCAGAACAUGGACUCAGCACGCAAGGAAUCGUUGUGCACCUUUAUUGCAGCGAUAGCAAGACGAUGUGGACCACAUCCGUGUGAUGUCAACGGACGUUGGCCUUUCAAAUAGGACGCGACGGUGCAUGAAAGGCGGCGGUAGAGCAGCCUUGGACAUAACAUAUACUUAUUGUCGUGCUCUAUUGAAGAGCUUUUUCUAUGCUCAUCUGGCGAAGACCUGUGAUAUACAAACCUUGCUCCCAUCUGCAAAGUCGGAC